CAUAUCAAGACAAAGAAGUCAGCAAAGUUGCAUAAAGUAAUAACAAAACAAUAAAUAAAACUCCUCUGCAUUUUCCUACAGUAAAUGAAGCUAAAUCAACAACUUCUCUCUUCAGAAAAGAACAAGAAUGGUAAAACCAAAUAUAUUCAAGAACCCUCUACUGAAACUUUUCCUCUGCAUUAUUGUUUUCUCUUUUGCCUACCUUCUUGGCAUCCAAAAAAGUAAUUUUGAUUCUACUACUCCUGCACCUCCACCUGUUUCUGAAAACCAGUUACAGUCACUUAACUGUACAAAACUCAACAUCUCAUUGCCUAACCUUGACUUUGAGCCUAAUCUUGAUUUCGAAGUACACCACUCUCUCUCUUUCCCUCGAGAAACUAUCAAAGAACUGCCUUUCUUUAACUUUUGUCCUAAUAACUUCACAGAUUACAUUCCUUGCCAUGACCCAUCAAGGGAAAUACUUUUUACAGCUGAAAGAUUCUACAGUAGAGAAAGGCAUUGUCCUGAACCUAGUGAGAAACCUAGGUGUUUGGUUCCAAGGCCUUUGGGAUACAAGAAAUCAUUUUCCUGGCCUAAGAGCAAAGACUACGCUUGGUUUAAGAAUGUGCCAUCCAAGAAACUGAGUGAGUCGAAGAAAUCACAGAAUUGGGUUAGAUUGGAAGGUGAUUUGCUUGUUUUUCCAGGUGGUGGGACUUCCUUCGUAAAAGGAGCCAAGAGUUAUGUCGAUGAGAUUAGACGUAUAGUGCCUUUAAAAUCUGGAACUAUAAGGACUGUUCUUGAUGUUGGAUGUGGUGUUGCAAGCUUUGGGGCCUCUUUAAUAGACUAUAACAUCUUGACAAUGUCAAUUGCUCCAAGAGACAUACAUGAGGCUCAAGUACAGUUUGCCUUAGAAAGAGGUCUUCCAGCUAUGCUUGGUAUACUUAGCACCCAUAGACUGCCAUUUCCAUCAAGAUCAUUUGACAUGGCUCACUGUUCAAGAUGCCUGGUGCAAUGGAUUAAUUAUGGUGGAGUUUAUCUGAUAGAAAUUGAUCGAGUGUUGCGUCCUGGUGGAUAUUGGGUAUUAUCUGGACCGCCUAUAAGUUGGAGGACUAGCUAUAAAGGUUGGGAGAGAACAACUAAGGACUUGGAAAAAGAGCAAGCCAGAUUGGAAGAUCAUACUAGGCGGCUAUGCUGGAAGAAAGUGGCAGAAAGGGGGCGUCUUGCAGUGUGGCAAAAACCAACUAAUCAUAUUAACUGCAUAAAAAUGUCAAGAACUUGGAAAUCUCCUUCUUUCUGCAUUAACACUGAUCCUGAUGCUGGUUGGUAUAAAGAGAUGGAACCAUGCAUUACUCCUCUUCCAAAUGUGACAGAUAUCCAUGAUAUAUCUGGAGGUGCUCUGCUAAAAUGGCCAAAAAGGUUGAAUGCUGCUCCGCCUAGGAUUAGAACCGAAGGAAUUUCAGUCAAAGCUUAUAAUACAGACAAUCAGUUAUGGAAAAGAAGAGUUGGACAUUAUGAGAAUAUACUAAAAUCACUUUCUCAAGGUAAAUAUAGAAAUAUAAUGGAUAUGAAUGCUGGGUUUGGUGGUUUUGCUGCAGCAUUAAUUAAGUAUCCAGUUUGGGUGAUGAAUGUCAUUCCUUUUGAAGCAAAAAAGAAUAAUCUUAGCAUUGUGUACGAGCGCGGCCUUAUUGGAACUUACAUGGAUUGGUGUGAAUCCUUUGAUACAUACCCUAGAACAUAUGAUCUUAUACAUGCAUAUGGUGUAUUCAGCAUGUACUUGAACAAGUGUGACAUUAUUGAUAUCCUGCUGGAAAUGCACCGGAUUCUUCGACCGGAAGGAGCUGUUAUAAUAAGAGAUCAUGUCGAUAUCAUUGUGAAAUUGAAAGGCAUUACAGACAGGAUGAGAUGGGAUGGCAAAGUUUUACAUAGUGAAAAUGGACCCCUUCAUCCUGAGAAGAUACUAUUGAUUGACAAUUCUAAAUAAGUAUCCAUACAUUCUAAACAUUCUAUAAACAGCUUUUAGUUGUUCCCAAUGUCUUAAAUCGCAGUUUUGGUGUUGGUGUGGCAGUGUUUGCAGCUAAAUUGGUGUUAGAAAAAGACUAUCAGCUGCCUCAGUAUGUCACAGUCAAGGUAAUUCACUUAUAUAACAGCUGAUUUACACAUCAACUAGCAUUUGGGUGGUCCUGUUUAAGCCGUAGGAGAUGAAAUUCUCAUAUACAGUUCUCGGAGGAGUCGUUUCUGGUUUACCUAUCUUAAUGAAGUUUAUGACUGAUUCGAUAAACAACUCGAGAGUCAGGCGAUUGCAUAUGAUAUAACUAGUAAGUAAAAGCAUGGUUGUUGCUAACAGUUUAUAGAUUAGUAGUAGACAAGACAUGUUGAUUGUCAUUUGGCAGAGUUAUGAUCAUUCUUUUAACAAGCACUGUUGACAGAACUGUGAAAAUUAUUAUUGAUGGAGAAAACAAUACAAGAGAUUUUUAUCCAUUAUUUUUUUCAUCA